UCUUGUCAACUUUUAAUACUAAGAGUUUUAAUUUCUUUCUUUCUUUUUUGUUAAAAUUAGAUUUUCUGUCAUAAGGUUCUUCUGUUGGUUUAAAAGUUAAAAAAGAAGAAGGAAACUCUCAUUUCUUGUAUAAAUACACAAUGUCUUCCCUUGCCUUCUCUUAUAUUUUUCAUCUCUAGUGCAACUUCUUCUCAUAUCAAAACAUGGCUUCUGGUUCUGGCUCAAGAAAAAAGAAAGCUUCUGGUUCAAAAGAAAAGAAAAAAGUGCCUUCUGGUAGUGGAAACGCUAGUGACAAAAAAUAUGGACAAACCUACAAUGUUAGGCCGUCAGGCGUUCAUAAAGCCACUAUAGUCUGGCUACACGACGUCGGGUUCACUGGCUACUGCUCACUUCCGGCUCUGCAAAAUUUCAGCCAUCCCAAUAUAAAAUGGAUUUGUCCGACUGCUCCUAUGCGUCGUGUUACCUCCUUGGGUGGGGAGGUAACUAAUGCAUGGUGCGACAUCACUAAAGUUUCUGAGAACAUGCAUGAUGAUUUUGAAAAUUUAAAUGAUGUAAACUCAUAUAUUACCGAGCUUUUAUCUUCUGAACCAAAUAAUGUGAAAAAAGGAGUAGGAGGAAUUGGCUUGGGUGCAGCACAAGCUCUCUACUAUACGAGUUGUUAUGCGUUUGGAUGGGUUCCCAUUUGCCCACAUAUUGUUAUAGGGAUCAAUGGUUGGCUUCCUGGCUGGAGGAACUUAGAAUACAAUAUGAAUAAUGCUAAUUUUGGUACUGCAAAUCGUGCUGCAUCAUCACGACUCUUACUUAUGCAUGGAACUUCUGAUGAUGUGAUUCCCUCUGCAUUUGGAUAUAGAUGUGCUGACUCCCUUCGAACGGCUGGAUUCCCAACCUUAUUCAAACAAUGCGGAGGGGAUCAUGUAAUGAAUGAGAUCCGUGUUUGGCUAAGAACCAUUGAGCUUUGAUGAUAUGGUUAUACUCUGCGGACCGAAGAGAACUG